UUUAUCAUUUCAAAUUCGCGUACAGCUUUGCUCUGUUAAGUUCAGAAAAAGUGUACUCUUCAGGUUCAGUUGUCUUCAGAUUGACAUCGUCUCAAUUUCUUCAGAAUGUCGACAACGCAUCUAAUAAUUUCCAAUCCUUGGAAGGAUAACCAAAACAACGUUUUAGAGAGAAAAUUUAAAUGUGAGGAAAAGAACGAUAUUCUCGAUCACAUUUUAAAAAUUGCUGUAAAUGAACUACGUGAAGACGACAACACUCGAAAACAAUGUUUGCAACAUUUGCGAGAGUGGAUAAAGAAGAACCAAGAUAUUGAGAAUUGCUUAACGGAUGAUAAGUUUCUUCUAAGAUUUUUACGGAUUAAAAAGUACAGUAUUCCCAUGGCAGAACAAACACUUUUAAAAUACCUAAAUUUUCGAAAAAGAUUUAAAGAAUUUAUGUAUGGUUUGGAUUAUCUUAAGAGCACACUUAUCGAGAACGGUUAUAUUUUUGUGAGUCCAUACAGAGACUCAAAUGGAAGAAGAGUGAUCUUCUAUAAUGUGAAGAAAAUCAAUCCUCAUAAGGUCACGGGCGUAGAUGUAGGUUUAGCUCAUGCUAUUACAUAUGAAACCUUAUUGGCCGACGAAGAAAAUCAGAUUCUUGGAAUUAAUCAUGUUGCUGACAUUGAGGGGUUAAGUCCUCCUUUUCUUACUUUGUGGUCUGUUACAGAUUUUGCAACAAUAGUUCGUUGGGGAGAGCAAUCUAUACCGAUGAGACAUAAAGAAAUUCAUGUUAUAAAUUUUCCCUCAAGUUUUAAAUACGUUUAUGAUUUCAUACUCUCUAAUAUCAGAAACCAGAAGUUAAAAGAAAGGAUAACGCUACACAGUUCAUUAUCUGACUUACAAAAUAAUGUGAACAAACGAUGCCUUCCACUUGAAUUUGGAGGUGUAAUGCCAAUGAAAGAUAUGAUUGAUCUUUGGAAGAAAGAAUUAGCCGCCAAAAGGGAUCUCUUGUUAUCGUAUGAUAGCAUGCAUUUAUUGAGCGAUCGAGGUAUCUUGUGUAGGAGAAAUAAAUCUAGUCAAGACGAUACUGGAAGUCUGCCCGGAAGUUUUCGAAAACUUGAAGUUGACUAGGCAAAUUUUCAUCUACUUAUUCUUCGUUGAAUACAUAACCGUUAAUUAUUAGUAUAGCAGUAAUAUUUGUUGUAAAUGCUUUUAUUGCACAUGAUGUUUGAUAAAAUGCUAGAGAAUGCCACUAAAAUCCAUCACCAGUUGAAAUUUUAGUAACGGUACCAGUUAUCGUACUGUUUUUUGUUGUACAAAUCAGUAUACAAGAAAGAGGAAUUUAGCAGAAAAAAUAGAUAGUUACGUAAUUGUAAAAUUGAUUUAGUUUCUAGAUUAGCAUUUAGAUUUUAUUUCAUUGUUUAUUCCUUUCAUUUUAUGACAUUCAAAAUAAAUGUAU